AAUACAAUGGCAACAACUAUUGAAUUGCUCAAGUGGUCGAAUCUAAUUUCCUCAAUUAUGUUGAUACUGAUUGGAGUCACUCAAAUCAUAUCCCUGUCUAUCCUUUUUUCGAGUUUUAGUUUUACAUUCUUCAUGUCAUUUUUCUUACCAUUUUUCUUAAUGUAAGUCUGCAUUUCAUUAAAUUUAGAUUAUUUGGAAUCAUGUUGUUUGCGAGUGGCUAAAAGAUGGAAUUUAUGGACAACAAUUUCAGAUUUUUGAGUUCUCUUCUAGGAAGAGGCCUAUUUAAUAUUUAGUAUCGAAAAAUCUUAUAAAUUUAAGUCUUGCUUCCUUGGCUGUCUAUCAAUUGGCAAAUGCAGCCAGUGACAUCAUCGGAUUCAUUAUUGGGGCAAUGCUCUUUUGCACAGGUGGAUUUUACUUGAUUUUGCAUUUUUGCGGAGUAUUUAUACAUAAUAUAUAUUUGAUUAGAAUAAGGAGGAAUUAACAUCAUACAAGCAACAAUUAGGUUGAUUCAAAUUCAUAUUGGUCUUUAU